UCCAGUAGGUGCUGAAUUUAAGCUUUGAAGUGAAAGAUCUAUUUGUUAAGUAACUUUAUCCAAUUUUAGAGUAAAAAAAUGCGUGAAUGUAUAUCUAUACACGGCGGACAAGCUGGUGUGCAAAUUGGAAACGCUUGCUGGGAGCUGUACUGCCUAGAACAUGGCAUCCAGCCUGAUGGGCAGAUGCCCUCUGACAAGACCGUCGGUGGGGGCGAUGACUCGUUCAAUACAUUCUUCAGCGAGACCGGUGCAGGCAAGCAUGUUCCUCGAGCAGUGUUUAUAGACCUCGAGCCUACCGUAGUAGAUGAGGUGCGUACAGGAACUUAUCGUCAAUUAUUUCACCCGGAACAGCUGAUUACGGGUAAAGAAGAUGCUGCCAACAACUACGCUCGAGGGCACUACACCAUCGGCAAAGAGAUAGUGGACUUGGUACUUGACAGGGUGCGGAAACUGGCAGACCAAUGCACCGGUUUGCAAGGAUUUCUCAUUUUUCACUCUUUUGGAGGCGGUACCGGCUCCGGUUUUGCAUCCCUGCUAAUGGAACGACUGUCCGUUGACUAUGGUAAAAAGUCUAAAUUAGAAUUCGCGAUUUACCCUGCCCCGCAGAUCUCAACUGCCGUCGUAGAACCUUACAACUCUAUCUUAACAACACAUACAACAUUGGAACAUUCCGAUGCCGCCUUUAUGGUAGACAACGAAGCUAUCUAUGAUAUUUGCAGGAGGAACUUGGACAUUGAGAGACCUACAUACACUAAUCUAAAUCGUCUGAUCGGUCAAAUUGUAUCGUCUAUCACUGCCUCGCUAAGGUUUGACGGUGCCCUGAACGUCGAUUUAACAGAAUUCCAGACAAAUUUGGUACCUUACCCACGAAUUCAUUUUCCCCUCGUAACGUAUGCUCCUGUUAUCUCUGCUGAAAAAGCAUACCAUGAACAACUAUCUGUAGCGGAGAUAACUAAUGCAUGCUUCGAACCUGCAAAUCAGAUGGUGAAAUGCGACCCAAGACACGGCAAAUACAUGGCGUGUUGCAUGCUUUACCGUGGGGAUGUAGUUCCAAAAGAUGUGAAUGCUGCUAUUGGAACUAUCAAGACAAAGAGAACUAUUCAGUUUGUUGACUGGUGUCCGACUGGCUUCAAAGUGGGCAUCAAUUACCAACCUCCCACCGUGGUACCUGGUGGCGACUUAGCUAAGGUACAGCGCGCAGUCUGCAUGUUGUCAAAUACGACCGCCAUUGCUGAAGCGUGGUCGCGUCUCAACCACAAGUUUGAUCUGAUGUAUGCGAAGCGAGCUUUUGUCCAUUGGUAUGUCGGCGAAGGUAUGGAAGAAGGAGAGUUCUCGGAAGCUCGUGAAGAUCUGGCUGCACUUGAAAAGGAUUAUGAAGAAGUCGGUAUGGACUCUGGAGAAGGCGAAGGAGAGGGUGGUGAAGAGUACUAAUAAUGAAUUUAUAACGAUUUAUUUUUAGGUCAUUUUCAUUUUAUUAGGUCUAAAAAAUGUUAUGUAAUUGUUUGGUCUU